AUGAGGGCGGUCGUGUCCACAUACCAUCUGAUGAUGAAGUUCCCCGCCGAAGGAGGAACAGGUUAUCUCCAAGGUCAUCAAUGUGAGAUUUGGAAGUGUUAUGCAAUAGUAGUAAAGAAAGGGUCAGUGAAGCAAGCUCUCACGAUCAAUGUCCUUGAUCCCAGGGGACUCACAAAGGACUCAUCUGUGGAAGACUUGGAGGCUAUGCCGCUCGACGAAGCAGAUCCGAGCAAGACUGUUCAGCUCGGAACAUCAUUGAAUUCCAAGCAACGGUAUGAGAUAUUAGCCUUCCUGCAACAACAUAGAAACGUCUUCACAUGGUCAUAUGAAGGUAUGCUAGGAAUCUCACCUGAUGUCAUGGUUCACAGACUGAAUGUGGAGCCAGAUCACCGACCUGUGAAACAAAAGAGGAGACCGUUCGACGCUGAACGGUAUGAAGCCAUAACUGACGAGGUCUUCAAACUGCUCAGCAUUGGCUUCAUCGAGGGGAUGAAGCUGAAUCCCGCGAAGUAUGCCUUCAGAGUUUGCUCUGGCAAAUUCCUUGGGUUUCAGAAGUUGAAGGGUCAUAAGAAGGCUGAGUGGACAUCGAAAUGUGAACAAGCCUUCCAGCAGUUGGAGCAAUACUUUGGCUCACCGCCCCUACUAUCCAAGCCCAAAGAAGGUGAGCCCUUGUUCCUGUAUUUCUCAGUCUCGGCCUCAGCCGUCAGCUCGGCAUUGAUUGAAGAGUUGGUGUGUAAGCAGCACCCCGUAUACUAUGUGAGUAAAGCAAUGGUACCCGCCGAGACAAGGUACCCAGCUCUGGAGAAGUUGACACUCUGUCUCGUUAUCUCGGCUCGGAGGUUAAGCGCGUACUUCCAGGCCCAUUCCAUUAUUGUCUUAACCGACUCUCCCCUCAGGCAAGUCCUCCAGAAGCCCGAGGUGUCAAGUCGCCUGACUAAGUGGGCAAUCGAACUCGGGGAGUUUGAUAUCCAGUUCCGAUCGAGGACCGCGAUUAAGAGCCAAGUUGUAGCCGACUUCAUUGCGAAGUUCAUUGCUCCAAGCGAAGAAGGGAUCAGCAUCAAAGUGGAGGCAGCUCCUUCGCCUAUUCCUCCAAUCAAUCAAGAGACUGUGUCAAAGCCGGGAUGGAUUCUUUACGUAUAUGAGUCAUCCAAUGUCAAGCGUGCCGGGGCAGGGAUUGUCCUGGUCACGCCUGAUUCUACAUCUAUCCAGUAUGUGAUCAGACUUGGUUUUAAAGCCUCUAACAAUGAAGCGGAGUAUGAGGCUCUAUUGGCUAGACUUAGGCUGGCGGCCAGUCUUGGAGUCCAGUCCCUUGAGGUACGAUACGAUUCUCAACUGGUAGUGAAUCACAUCUCCACCGAAUAUGAGGCCAAGAAGACUAGGAUGGUGGCUUACCUGGCUGAAGCCAGGAAACUGAUAAAAAGGUUCUGGAGCUGCACUAUCAAUCAGAUUCCAAGGGCGGAGAAUUCUUGGGCCGACACCUUAGCAAAGCUAGCUUCGGCCAUGGAAGGUAAGAUCCCUCGAGUCAUCCCCAUGGAGUUCAUAGAACAUCCGAGCAUUGACCAAAUAGAGAAGAAAAUAACCAACCCGGUAGAGGUCACUCCGAGCUGGAUGAACCCAAUUUACAAUUACCUCACAUCUGGUGAGGUCCCCUCGAACAGGUUGGAGGCAAGGCGCCUGAGGGUUAGAGUUGCGCGGUACAUAGUCUUAGACGGGAUCUUGUACAAGAAAGGGCAUUCAUAG